CUACUCUAACGCCCAUUGUAAAGACUAUGUAAAGGCUUUGUAAAGGCAGUAAUAAUAAGCUGCUACAAAACACCAUAAGUUUAACAAGUGAAGGAAUUCAAGAGGAUCAUCUCAUGGAAACCCAAACCAUCACAAAGCCACUUUUACAGAAAAGCAGUCUCCUCAGAAGCGUACCCUUGAGCCAUGCUCAUGCAUGGGCAAAAAAGAGGUACAAUCAUCAACCCUCUAUUUUCUUCCAUCUGAACAUCCUGCCUGUUGUUAUUCAGCCAUGGAGGAUGUCCACAUGGAGGACGCAAGACCAGUAACAGACGCAGAAGAUAGCACAAUCACGUCUUCAUCAGACCAGAGUGCAGAACAACUAGUUUCCACGAAAGAAUUCGAUUCAAAAUUAACCACUUUAGCUUCAGAAGUGACCUCAUCGCAUAAUGGGAAUGACCAUGAUCACUCUGAACAAGGCACUGUUAAUCAUAGCUACCCAUCGAAGGCUGCUCGGACUAAAAACGAAGAUACUUUGUCCUCUCAGGCAGAAUACAGUACAGCGGAUCGUUCAGCAAAUAACGAUGUGAUAGAUAAUAAGGAGACAAAUCAGAGCGAUGUUGUAGACAAAGAAUCCAAGAUCGAUAUCGACAAGACAUUACCAUUAGAGGAGAAAAAGAUCAAUAUAGAACCCGAUGUUCAACAAAACAGUGAUGAUAGCACUAUAGAUCAAAAUGCAUCACAACAUGAGGCAACAUCCAGAUCUGUCAAACCAGAUAAAUAUGAACCAGAUGUCAAAAUUAAUGUUGUGACAGAGCCAACUUCGACAGGAUCGCUAAUAAAAACAACUACAGACCAAUCAAUUCAUCCUAAUCCCCUCAAGCUCUCUGAAGCAGAAGCGCCAACUUCUAGGUCAGCUAACGCCAACGAAGUCGAUGUCAAUCAGACAGUCACAGCGACAGAUGCUCACUCACUUACCGAAGCGCCUAUAGAAGGCACUGUAUCAUCAGCUAAUAACUCAGCAGUCAAAACCUCGGCUGAGUCACUAACAGCGCUAACUCCUCCACCUCCACCGCCAGUUCCUGUACGGAGUUAUAUUCCCCAGUUUAAAUUCACAACAUUUGCAGCCAUGACUCAACUACCAACACGAAAUGUAACUAGUAAUUUCUUAAAGACCGAAAAAAAUUUUGUCCUCAAAGACAUGUCACGUAUACAGAAGCGCCGCAAGCGUAAGACUGACGAAGGGACUGUUCAAAAGGGAGGAGACAAGGAUGCAAAUGAAGGAGAUGAGAAUGAACUUGAAGCCUUGGACAAAGACAAGGACAAGGAAACAGAGGGGAAUGCAACGCUAAAAAAGAAGAAGAAUGACAAAUUUACAGCUAUCCGGAGAGGGAUUUUUGCAGAUGACGACGAUGAUGAAGAUGAUGAAAAGCUAGAUAAAGUCGAUGACGAUGUAGAUGACCAGAAACAGGAUGAUGAGGACGAGUAUCUAGAUACCAGUGACAGUGACUCAGAGGAGAGUGUUGUGAAUGAAACAGAUGAGAAUGGUGAAGCAAAAUCGUCUUCUGAAGUCGGCAAAAAGACCAUCGUAAUCCACCCAGGGUCUCGGAUACUACGGAUUGGUAGAGCAUCAGAUGCCUAUCCAAUCGCCAUUCCACAUUGUAUCGCUCGGAGGAUACAUACACUUGUUGUUACUUCCACAGAUCAUAAGCAACUUAAGGCGGCCGAAUCAGCAGCAACACGUGAAACGGAAUUAGAGGCUGUUGCGGCUCAGUCAGGCACAGAAAAUGGAGAUGUGGAAGUCGAUGAAGAUAACGCCAUGGAUGUUGACGGGCAUGAAGACGAUGCUUCAGACAUUCAGGAUGCCGUCAAUGACAGAUAUCUUCAAGACAUCGAGUAUGACCUUAAACUACGUAUGAAGGCUGCAAAGCGACGGCCAGUCCCUAAUGCCAGAACUCAGGUUCGGUCGUUCAAUACCUCUACACGGCCAGAAAAGAUCUUGGAUCACAAUGACCCGUAUAAAGUCGAGUGGACUGAUCCUAAAGCGGAGGGUGAAUUUAUUAUUGGACAAAAGGCGCUUAACCUUCCUCCCAGUAAAGAUCACAAUUUCAAACUAUUCUGGCCUAUCGUUAGCGGCAUGCUAAAUGAUCGAGAUUAUGCAACUCCACGCCUAGUGGUAUCUGAUCUUGAGGCAAUAUGGACAAAGGUCAUAGAGGAGGACCUUGGGAUUGACCCGAAGAAGUUGAGGAAACACUAUGCACUCCUGGUCAUUCCAGAUCUUUAUAACAAACUGUAUGUGAGUGAACUUGUCAACAUGUUGCUCAAGUCGAUGCAGUUCCGAGGCGUAAUGAUCCAACAAGAAUCUGUUUGUGCGUCAUUUGGUGCAGGAGUGUCAGCUGCAUGCGUUGUCGAUAUUGGGGCCGAGGUAACCAAGAUAUCUUGUGUAGAAGAUGGUAUUUGCAUUCCUAAUUCAAGAGCAAUGCUCAAGUAUGGAGGUGACGACAUUACGCGAAUCUUUGCAGCCCUAGUCAGGCGGAUGGGUUUUCCUUACGAGGAACUAGAUCUUGCUCAGACGUAUGACUGGCGCUUAAUGGAGGAAUUAAAAGAAAAAUGGUGUACAAUGAAUGAGGCGGAUCUGACCGUCCAAGUGUACAGCUUUUUUGUACGGCGCCCCGAAAAACAGACCUUAAAAUAUCAAGUCAAGGUGUAUGAUGAAGUUGCGUUAUCUCCAAUGUGUUUAUUUUUCCCUAACGUCAUUCGCCGAUGGAUUGAAGAGCGCGAGAUCAACCCUAAUUUUGCAAAGGUUACAAACUAUGAGGAUAUCAAUGAGGAUGCUCCACCAAUUUCCUUGACUAACCAAGCACAAAAGAAAACGAAUGCAGCGGCUAUAGCUGCUGCUGCCAGAGCCGGCACUCCAUCAUUAUCGGUGGUUGGUGAAGAAACAAGUGUCAAUGGAAAUGCAACGCCCACAGUUGGAACGCCUGGCGCAACACCAGCACCUACACCCGCACCUACGCCCGUACCUUCUGGUCCAUCGACAACCGCAGGAUCGGGGUCGACACCAGCACCGGUUGGACCUAAUGUACCGGCUGAACCACCUAUCGUGGUUUUUGCUAUGGAGCCUUCUGUCACGACGACGAACAAGUCAUGGGAGAUUGCAGGAACGAUCGGCAAGGAUCAUUUCUCAAGUUUAGUAGCGCUGGAUGUUGUAGUUGCGCAAUCGAUCUCAAAUUGUGGUAGUGAAGAACGGUCUAAGAAGCUGUAUGGGAGCAUUAUUUUGGUUGGAGGUGGUGGUAUGAUUAAGGGAUUUGAUCGUGUACUUGAGGACAGACUAUUCCAAGCGUUACCAGCAACGUUGACGACGGUUGAGAAAGUGGAGGUUCUGCCAUCACCGCGUGACAUGGAUCCACGGCUGUUAGUUUGGAAGGGAGGAUCAGUACUCAGCAAGCUGGAGACGGCUAAGGAAAUGUGGAUCAAACCCCUGGAGUGGGAACUAAUGGGACGUAAGGUACUGAGAGACAAGUCGCUGUUUGUGUGGAGCAAGGACUCAUAGAGAACACAACUGAAAUCAAUAAAAGCGUG